AAGCAGGAGGGAAUUGUAGUUAGAUUUGAGAAAGGUUUCUUUUUGAUAUGGAAGAUCGCUACUCUUCUGGAUGGCCGGUUGCGCCUCCAGAAGCAAACUGGUCCGCAGGCAAUUCUACCGCAUAUGGUGAGUCCAGUUUGUUUCCAUACCUGCUAAUGCCUCAUACUUCAACUUCAACCUCUGCCACCUCCCAAAUUAAUGGACUUCCUUCUUGGUCGAUACCGAUUCAAGAGGCUAGCCAUGGAUUUCCCUCGUGGUCUACAAUACCAGUUCAAGAGGCUGCAGAAGAUAAAGCUGCUUCUGUUUCCAAGAGCCAUAGCCAAGCUGAGAAGCGGCGCAGGGACCGGAUUAAUGCGCAGCUUGGCAUUCUGAGGAAACUAAUUCCCAAAUCAGAUAAGAUGGACAAGGCAGCUCUCCUAGCAAGUGUGAUUGAUCAAGUAAGAGAUCUUAAGGGAAAAGCAAUGGAAGUAAGCAAAAGCAUCACAAUUCCAACAGAAUUCGACGAAGUAACAGUAGACGUCGAUGAGUCUGAUGAUAUUUCUCAAGAUUUAAGCUCCACAAGCAACAAGAAGAACAAAGAAGACGACAUCUUCGUGAGGGUGUCCUUUUGCUGCGACGAUCGGCCAGAGGUGUUCUCGGAACUCAUCAGGGUGCUCAAAGGCCUUAGACUGAGCAUAGUUAGAGCAGAUAUUGCAAGUGUAGGAGGAAGAGUUAAAAGCAUUCUUAUACUGUGCAAUAAAGAUUCUAAAGAGGAAGGAGUUUCACUUAGCACUAUCAAACAAUCACUCAAUGUAUUUUUGAGUAGAAUUUCUUCAUCCUCUAUGCCUUCAAAUUAUCGCAUUAGAAGCAAGAGGCAGAGGUUCUUUUUGCCUUCUCAAUAGUUGCAUUAAUAUUUCUAUUUUCUCAUAUAUAUAAAAAUUUUUAUUUGGUC